AUGCGUGACAACUCCCCAUGGGAAGCAUUUGAAGGAUUAAGAAUAACUGUCGAAGGAUUGAAAGUGAUGUCCACCCCCUUUCUAGGAUUUGGAGGGGCUACUGUCAUACCAAUAGGAGUUGUAGAGCUACCAGUGAUGUUGGGUACCUAUCCUGGAAGUGUGGUGAUCUUAACAAACCUUUUGGAAUGCGAUCUACGGUUGACCCCUGUUGAAUGCUGCGGGGGCUAUUCACUCUGCUUAUCACAAAGUGAUGAAAUUCCCAACCAAUCGAGUGUGGGGGCAGGCUUGGAGCACGGAGAGAAAGAAGAAUUGGUGAAGUGUCUGUCUGGAAAUUUGGAUGUGUUUGCGUGGUGCCUAAGUGACAUACAAGGGAUUGACCCAUCCGUUGCACAACAUUGCCUCGGUGUCUUACCGGGUGCUAAGUUGAUAAAGCAGAAGAAAAGAAAUCUUGCCUCGGAGCGGCAAGCUGCAACAAAGGUCAAAGCUGAUAAGCUACUACAGGCAGGGUUCAUUAGAGAAGUACAAUAUCCCGAGUGGUUAGCAAAUGUCGUCCUGGCAAAAAAACCAAACGAAAAAUGGCGUAUGUGUGCAGACUACACCGGACUCAGCAAGGUGUGCCCUAAAGACUUAUACCCACUACCCAGAAUAGACCAUCUGGUGGAGCCACAUCGGGUCAUGACGACUGAGUUUUCUAGACGCAUUUUCUGGGUAUUAUCAAAUCUCCAUGGCAGAGUCGGAUCAGGAGAAAACGUCUUUCAUCAUUAA